AUGGCAUACCACCUAACGAAUGCCGGAUCUCUGCACGAUACCAUUGGCUUGUUUCCUGCCUAUAAGUAUUUCGUGCUUGCUUAUGAGUUGGCUCUUCGUAACGAGUGCGGCUAUAAGGGAUACCAUCCGUAUAUGAACUACGACCGCUACACCAAAGACCCAAAGAACUCCGCCCUCUUCAACGGCAACGCAACCAGCAUGGGCGGCAACGGCCUACCAGACCCCAAAUACACCGGCCUGCGCACCGGUACCGGCACAAUCAAGCCCGGCGGUGGAGGCGGCUGCGUCGUCGACGGCCCCUUCAAAGAAUACACAGCCAACAUCGGCCCCGGCGCCCCCGUCAUGAAUAACGUCCCCCGAAACCCCCUCCCCAGCGGCGGCGGCUACAACCCCCGCUGCAUGCGCCGCGACAUCAGCGUCGACGCCGCCCUCGGCGCCACCACCGACCGCGCCUACAACCUCCUCACCAAGUCCAAGGACAUCAACACCUUCUACAACACCUUGCUCACCCCACCCCGCAACGCGAGCGACCCUUACAACUUUGGGAUCCAUACCGCUGGGCAUUACAUCUCUGGGGGGGAUCCCGGUGGUGACCCGAUGGUUUCGCCUGGGGAUCCGAUCUUUUACUUCCAUCACGCGUCGCUGGAUAGGUUGUGGUGGAUUUGGUAGAUGGUGGAUCCUGAGAAGCGAGUUAAUGCCCAGGUGACGCUUAGUAGGAGGGAUGCUGCUACUCGGAAGCUUGAUUUGAAGUGGCUUGCUCCUGAGAUAGUCCCGGUUCUGGAGGCGCAUGAUGGGUUUGGGGGAGCUGGGGGGAUGUUUUGCCAUGUGUAUGUCUAGGUUUAGGGAGGGUUAAGCAGAAUAGGGCCAGUUGGUUUGGUGUUGGUUGU